CAAUCUCAACGGUGUCAACACGGUCAGUCAACAAACAUUAUUGCCAGUCCCUUCUGCAACGAAGGAAAUGCGAUACGCGUUGUUGGACGUUGGUUCGCUGGCAGCUAGUUUUCAACAAGGAAGGUUGUUUCUAUAAAGUUUUGUAUCGCUAAUAUGGAUCAGUAUUGCCGGAUAUGUGUACGGAACGAUCUAAAUCAGGAGGAGAUGAUUACGCUGUUUUGCGAGCGGAAAGGUGAAGUGAUUGCCAACAUGAUUAUUGACUGUGCCGAUGUGAUGGUUUCGCAUGACGACAAUCUUCCAGAUAGAGUGUGCCCGGAUUGUCUCACUCGAUUGGUGGAUGCGUUUUCUCUGCGAAAGCUAAUACGUGAUUCGGAAAGCGUACUUCAAGCCAUGGCACUGCGACUGAAGGCCGAAAAGGCUGGAGAAAACCUUGAAGAUCCAUUGCAAUUUGAACCAGUGGAAAUUCCAAAGGAGCAAUGCUUUACAAAAGGAUCGGGUGUCAACGCAGGCAAAAGUACGAAAUAUCCCACCGAAGAACAGAUUGAGAGCAUUGAAGAAUUCGAAUCUUACAAGGUGAUUAAGCUGAGAGGUGUUCGCUGUUGUGGCUGUGAAGAGAUUCUCCCAUCAAAACAAGAUUUGAUUAGGCAUAGUCGUCAAGAACAUUCACACCGGGCUGGAGUGAAUAACAAGGAUCAGGUGGUGUUUCAGUGUCCCACGUGCUUCGAACAUUUUCCAAAUCGAAUGAAACUGUUGAAUCACACCAAGAACUACGAGUCAAAUGAAAUAUAUCACUGCACGGUUUGCGACAUUCUCUUCGACAUUAAAUACCGUUUGCUACAACAUCAAAACAUGAGUAAGGCCCAUCAAAUUACUCCGGACGCUGAAAGCCACGGCCACGGCAGGGCGAUUAAAGAGCGGAAACGUCAUCAGUCGCGGAAGCGCGCGGCUAAGGAGUUGAGCUACCCUGAUGCAGAAUUCAUCCUCUGCGUCGACGAGUUUCCCGAAUAUCAGAUAAUUCAUUUGGGCGGUGAGCGAUGUUGCGGAUGUGCGAUGGUGUUUCAUAACUAUCAGGACUUGAUCGAUCACUGCGGCGAAGUGCAUCCACGAAAAGAUGACGAAUGCACCUCAUAUGAGUGCAUUUUGUGUUUCGAACGAUUUGAGCAGGUGCAAACGUACAACCGACAUAAGACAGCUCGGGUUCAAAAAGAGAUCUACUACUGUAAGUUUUGUGAGGUGGUAAUCGACGCAAAAUUUCGCUUCGAGCAACAUUUGAAAACUAGUAUAUCACAUCAGAGCGCUAUUGAAAAAGCUGGAAUACAGACAACUUGCCUCGUUGAUGAUAGACCCGUAUCUGAGCUUCGUGUUUUAGAGAAAAGUAUUGAAUCAUUAGAAAUUGAUGGCUUUCGUUGUUGUGGCUGUGAAUUUGUAAGCAAUACUAGGGAAGAGCUUGAGGACCAUUCGGAGGAAAGACAUCGAUUCGAGCGUUCUGCAUUGAAUAAUUCCAAUGAUAUAGAAUGCGAUAUUUGCUUCAAACAGUUUUCGAAACUGCUGUUGUUCACUUGCCACAGAAAUUUAGCACUCCAAAAGACAGUCUACAAAUGCAAACGUUGCGAUGUACAAUCUGCGAUCAAACAUAGAAUUAUUCAACAUAUCGCAGAUAAUGCACAUCAAGUUGAAGAGCAUUCAGAAACAGUAUCCGAUCAAGAACCGAAAGUCUUCUAUUGUUGCUUCGUGAAGUGCUCUGUAACUUUUGAAGAUCCUAACGAGCUGUUAGAGCACGUGGAAGAGCAUCAUGCUCCAAAACGUCGCGAAAAUGCUCAAGAACGCCAAUCCAACGCGUUCAUCUGCUAUGUUUGCCACAAAAGUUUCAAAAACGAACGCUCAUUGCAGAGUCACCAGUUUCCGAAGAAAACGGAAAAUCCACAUGCUUGUAAAACUUGCGAGGCAACUUUCCUUUACUUGUCGGCCCUCACGAACCAUGAAAAGAUGCACACUGGAGUGAAAGAAUACAAGUGCGACGUGUGCGACAAGGAAUUUUAUGACGAACGGGCCUUAAAAGUGCACCAGGUAUGCCACAAGGAGGAAAGGCCAUAUGUUUGCGACAUCUGCUCAAAGUCUUUCCUUAGAAAGGGGAAUUUGAGGGUACACAAGCGAUGUCAUUCGGAUAACAUAUGGGAGUGCCAACAUUGCAGUAGCAAAUUCAAAACGAAGCAAUCCUUAACACUUCACAUGCGGAGCCAUACCGGGGAGAAGCCAUUCGAAUGUCGAUAUUGCAGCAAUCGAUACAGCCAUUCCACUGAUCGUAACAGACACGAGAUGGCUGCGCAUACCAAGGUGCGACCGCACAAGUGCCCUGACUGUGACAUGACGUUCAUUCGUAAGCGACAGCUAACGCUCCAUGCCCGAACUCACACGGGCGAGAGACCCUACACGUGCCACAUAUGCGACAGAACGUUCGUUCAAUCGACCUAUCUGAAAAAGCACUUAGCUACGCACGAAAAGCAUGGCACGAAUCUCAAGGAAACCGAAUAUUUGAUCGAACUUCUGCCAGAAGAGGACGAUAAGAACUUUGAAGUUGUAGAAAUGUUGGAGGACGGUCAGAUGAUAGACGAAGAUGUCAAGAUGAACGAAGAAGACGAUGAGUUCGAAUAGUGCUGUAUAACGCACUACUGUUUUUUCGUUAACAAAUAAACUCAACUCACCAAUCGA